CAAAUACUGACAAUGUUUUUAUCAUAAAUGUGUUCGUAAUUGACAGAUUUGGAAUGAGAUUGGCGCUUCUCUCUCAUGAUACUCACUUCACCAUGACAGCACAGCAGAUAACUAGAAAUUCUAAAUACAAAAAUUCUCUGUAACAGUAGUUGAGUUCGUUACUUCGCACACAACAGAACCAAACCCUAAAAUAAUGGAAGAAGGUAACCGAAGAAUGCUCGAGAGGGAGCGAUACCAAAUCGAACAGAUUCUCGAGCUCGAUCUCGAGGAGUUGCAGGUAGAAGAGGUCGACGAGUUUCACGAUUCUUCCGACGACGACAACAACAACAACGACCACCGUGAUCUUACGAUUGGCUAUGGUAGUGCAGGCGUCGUCCCUGGUGAAUUCACUUACAACACUUGUAUAGCAUCCUUACAUACAUAUCUGGGUGAUGUUGAAGACACGCACCACAGGACGGCUUUCCUGGAUGGUGGGACUGUGUUGAACCUUCCACUUUUCUAUCUUCAAGGAGUUGUACUCUUUCCUGGGGCUACUCUUCCCUUGAGAGUUAUUGAAUCCAAUUUUGUGGUGGCUGUUGAGAAAUCCUUGAGCCGAGUUGAUGUUCCUUACACCAUUGGCGUGAUCCGAGUUCACAGUGAUACUGAACAUCGUAGGAUGAAAUCUGCAAGCAUUGGGACGACUGCAGAGAUUCGACAGUACGGGCGCCUAGAAGAUGGUUCCCUUAAUUUGGUUACUCGUGGACAACAACGAUUUCGCCUAAGACGGUGUUGGAUUGACGUGGAAGGAGUGCCUUAUGGAGAGGUCCAAAUAAUUGAGGAAGACAUACCAUCGCGAACUCCAAGGGAUGCUUUUGGAAAAUUAACACCCCUAAGUAAUCUGCCUUGUAACCGUGCCGCCUCAAGCAUGUUGUCAUCCAAGUAUUCUAUUGAUGGUCAGGGUUCCAAAAAUGAGGAAAGUGAUACAGAAGAUAGCUUUGAGAAUGAACUUUCACCAACAGCGAGAAGAAUCCAUCAGUCACUCAUUCGUUCCAAUUAUGAAUAUGAUGAAUCAGCAAGCAGCGGUGAUGAUAAAUUAACAGAUGAGUCAGAUCAGGAAAUUAGAUCUAAUCUAGAUGACCCAGACACCUUAAUGCUAGCUGACCAUGAAAAGUAUGCAGAAAAUAUUGAUUCUAGAGUUGGGAGCUGUUCCUCUUCUGGAAAACAGUCCUCCAUCAGAGAAGGGCUUAAUCGGUGUUAUAAAAGUAAAGACCUCUACUCCUCACAUAGAAUUUCAAGAGCAUUCUUGCCUGGUUGGGUGUAUCGUAUGUUUGACUCCUAUUGGCUUGCACAAAGGGCUGCAGAUAUGUGGAAGCAAAUCAUUGGCGCGCCAAACAUGGAUGCCCUUGUUAAGAAGCCUGAUGUUUUAUCAUUUUCUAUUGCCUGUAAAAUACCUGUAUCUGAAUCUACAAGGCAGGAGCUUUUGGAUAUUGAUGGGAUCUCAUAUAGAUUGCGAAGAGAAAUUGAACUACUAGAAAGCAUUGAUCUAAUUCAAUGUAAAAUUUGUCAGAUUAUAAUUGCAAAGCGGAGUGAUGUGCUGGUGAUGUCUAGUGAAGGUCCCGUUGGUACAUAUGUAAAUUCAACUGGUUACGUGCAUGAGAUAACGACUUUGUUCAAAGCAAAAGGGUUAGCUCUUAAGGGGCCAGCAUUUACAAAAUACUGUUGGUUUCCGGGGUAUGCAUGGACAAUUGCUAACUGUGCCACCUGUGAAACCCAUAUGGGGUGGCUUUUUACAGCCAGGAAGAGAAAUCUGAAACCCAAGUCAUUUUGGGGUAUACGUAACUGUCAAGUUGCAGAAGAAAUGCACUAAAACGUUCAUUGUUUUGCAGCUGUAGUGAAAAAUCUGGAAAUCCAGUUUCAUUUUGCAGUAUAAAUGCUGAUGAGCCGGUUAUAUCUUUUUGGAGAGGUGUGUUAUUUUAGACCAUAAAAAUCGGACACCAGAUAAAAGUAAAAAACUGUAUAUACAUACAUUGUUGAUUGGGAUUCUAUGUCCGAGAAACAUUUCCGAUAUACCUAUCUUGCCUUUUACUUGUCGUUGAAACCAGGAAACAAAUUUAAGGAUCAUGAGAUUUAUGCACGGUUAUUGGAUGGAAAAUAAUUCAAUGGAUUGUUUGUUACUCCUAA